AUGCCUUCACAAUCCAACAAGUCACAGCGUCCAAACGUCCAGACAGACUUCCACGCGCAGAGUCCUGACGCAGCUCCCGCAUCUGCCAUCAGCGCGUCCUCUGGAGCUUCCAAUUCACAGCAUGGAUCUCCAACCCAGUCUCCGAGAUCUACCAUUCUCACCGUCGCUACCUCCAUUCAUGCGUCGCCAACUCAGUCUCCGAGAUCUACCAUGCUCACCGUCGAUACCUCCAUUCAUGCCUCGCCCGAUCUCAUGCCAGAUGCAGCAGACCAGGAGUCUCCCGAGGACCUCGAGCAGCUACCUGGGCCCAUCAUCUCACCAAAAACAAGCAGAAACUCACUAGGAUCCAGCGUAACAGGAAGCCCGAGUGCUCCUUCCGAGACCGUCUAUAGUAACUCAUCAUCCAGAGCAUCAAGGCGGCUAUCCAACAAAGGGAGGCGACAAUCCUCGGCCGCUUCCUCAAGCCGCGAAACUAGUGCUGGUCCCAGCUUGUGGCGGAAACGCAGUGACAGCAAUUCAACUGCCCCUGAGUAUGGUGUUGCCGACUCUGAUUCUGGAUCCGAAAAUGCUGGCGAGGAUAACAACUCCUUUCGCCAGCCCUUCAUUAAAAACACCCUCUACCAAGAUUCACCACCAAUGAGCACGUCGGCCUCCAUCAGCAGUGGCUCCAACACCACGGUUGGACCUGUCAUUCCAUUACAGCUACGACAGGGAACGCCGCUCAAAAAGAUAUCCAAGAAGAACCGCUCCAAGCGCAUAAACCUUAUUUAUGACACAGCGACCAACAAAAUGAUGUGGGAUGCAAGCCGUCCUCAAAAGUUUCUCCACGUCGAUGAAAUAAUAGAGAUUCGGACUGGUUCCGAUAUCGAGCAGUACGCUCGUGAUUUUGGCGUUCAAUCGGAAGAGCGUUCGAAUUGGUUCACCAUCAUCUACGCCGUACCAGAGAAGUCCAAAUCAAAAUUCCUCCAUCUUGUGGCUAAUAGCAAGGAGAUCUACUCGGUGUGGGUCACGUUUCUCGAGGCCAUGCUAAAGCAUCGCCAAGAGGUCAUGGCAUCCUUGAUGACCUUCGAUGAGAAGGCUAUCAAGCAGUACUGGGGGACAGAGAUGAUGAAGCACAAUUCCGAAGAUCAGGAAGAGCUUGACAUCACCGGCGUCAUGCGAGUAUGCCAAAACUUACAUAUUCACAGCUCUCAGUCAACUCUGCAGUCUAACUUUCGACUUGCCGAUGCGCGGCAAAACGAAAAGCUAAACUACGACGAAUUUCUGGAAUUUGUUCGUCUCAUGAGGCAGAGGCAAGAAGUCCACCGCCUUAUACAAGGCCUUGCUACAAGGCCCUACGUUGGUCUUACCUUUGAGGAAUUCUUUAGCUUUCUUCGUGACGUUCAAAAAGAAGACGUUAGCGAUCGAGACAAAUGGCAGAAAAUCUUUGACGGGCUUGUUCGUAAUCAUAGAAAUGACGACACAAGCGCUACAGUCACUCUCGAUGAGCUAAACACCCUAUCAGAGACAGCGUUUACUGGAUUCUUGAGCUCCAAACAGUUCAACUUGCCCACUAUUGACGAGCAGCGCGAGUUUACGCUCGACCGACCCAUGAACGAAUAUUUCAUCUCCAGCUCGCACAAUACCUAUCUCCUUGGACGCCAGGUUGCGGGUCAAUCCAGCAUCGAAGGGUACAUUACCGCGCUUUUACGAGGCUGCCGCUGUGUUGAGGUUGACUGUUGGGACGGCCCUGGCGGCUCUCCCAUAGUCGUCCACGGACGUACGCUCACUAGCGCAAUCGGCUUCCUCGAAGUCAUGAACACCAUCAACAAAUAUGCAUUUGCGAAAUCAAAGUUUCCGCUCUGGAUUUCUCUCGAGGUCCACUGCAACCCCACCCAACAGGCUAUCAUGGCCGGAGUCAUCAGGGACACAUUUGGCGAGAAACUUGUUACAGAACCUGUAGAGCCAGACUCUUCCAAGCUGCCCUCUCCCUCUAAGCUCAUGGAGCGCAUUCUUAUCAAAGUCAAACAGCCACGAACUGCGGCCAGGAGCGAGACUAUGGGCAGUGAUAGCCUCAUGGGAAUGGGUCGAAAGCGCGGAAAUAGCGUCGGCUCUGUAUUGGCGAGAUCGUCUACCACUGAGUCCAACACAACCGCUGCCACCACCCAAUCCCUUCCUCAGAGCCCAACGAUGGCCCCUAUCAACGCCAGCCGCAAGUUUACGGGUAACAGUCAAAAAAUAAACACCAUCAAUGAAGGCCGCGUGCAAGAACUCAACAGCGACUCAGAUAGCGGGGGUGAAAAUGGCUCGAUCAAGGCACUCAGCAACAUCAUUCCUGAUCUAGGUAAGCUCGGAGUGUACUGCACGGGCCUCAAGUUUUCUGGAUUUGAAGCGCCAGCGGCCAAGAAAUUCAACCACAUCUUUUCUUUCAUGGAAAGCAGUUUUGCAAAGAAUUCCAAGACAAAGGAAGAAAAGAUGCAAUUGAACAUUCACAAUAUGCGGUACCUCAUGCGCGUUUACCCUGACGGCACUCGCUUGACUUCAAGUAACUUUGAUCCGCUCGCAUACUGGCGUCGUGGUGUCCAGAUGGCUGCUCUGAAUUGGCAGACAUUUGACAUGGGUAUGCAAGUCAACCAAGCCAUGUUUGAGGGUGGCACCGAUUCAUCUGGAUACGUCCUCAAGCCCCAAGAGCUUCGCGACAUUCAAGUUUACCCAAAAGACGACACUGUCAGUGCAGCUAUUGCAGAGGGCAAAAAGGAGCGAACCGUCGUUUCAUUCAGCAUUGACGUUGUCUCCGCUCAACAGCUGAUGCGGCCUGCCAAUCUCCCUGCCAAUAAAUCCAUGGACUUUUACGUUGACGUUGACGUCUUUCACGCAAACGACAAGCGAAACAAGAAGGACAAGGACUUUGAUCUGGGCCAUGAGCCCGACUCGCCUCUGCGGCGCCAUACUGAAGUGAUUCGCGAGAAUGGCUUCAAUCCCAUGUUCAGCAAUGGCCAGUUCCACUUCAAGGUCACGACUAAGCACCCGGAGCUGAUCUUUGUUCGUUGGUCAGUCAGGCUAGCUAACGAUGGCGACUACAACAACAGCGCAAAGGAUAAACCUGCAAUGGCUAGCUACACGGCGAAGCUCACCAAUCUCAAGAAUGGAUAUCGCACACUGCCUCUCCUGAACCAUGCUGGCGAGCAGUACCUAUUCUCCAGCCUAUUUUGCAAGAUUGACAUUGAUCCAUUUGAAAAGAAGUUUAUUGAUGUCCCUCGCCCCGCUCAAGAAGGAGGUAGCAAACUAAACCGCCUAGGCGGCAUCUUUGGGCGAAGUAACAAUACCAGCCCUCGAAGCACCAUUGAGAGAAGCAGCAUGGAGAAGAACAGCUUUGAGAUGCACAGUCCUCAGGCGUGA